AUGAGCGCGUCUCUCGCGCGGUCCUUCGCCCGCACGCGCUCGGACGCGUCUCCAUUGUCGUUAACGAGCUCGAGGAAACGAAUCACACCAUUGCGACCGAAACGCGCGUUCGAGGGCGUCUCUCUCGCGUUUGAGCGCUCAGGAGGAUGCAGAAGAGUAUCAUCGCCUUUCGCGUCGAGAACAUUGCGAACGCGAGCGGUAGCGAGCGGUGGAUACGGGGAAGUUGAGAGCGAACCGAGCGAGCCGUCGACGUCCGGCACGACGUGGUUCGAGAGGUUUCUCAAGCUACCGAGCGAUGGGAGCGCGAUUUGGGACGCGCCUUGGGGGGUGAAGACGACGGUUUCCGUCAUGGUGGUCUGGUUUUGCUUAUUUUUCAUCGUCGGAAACGCGGUGUUUCCCUUCGUCGCCGGCGCGCUCGGGUUCGAUUCAACAAACUUCACUCAGCGAGGCCUGGCCGUGUAUAGUUUUUGCUUAGACAUCGCGCAGAUGUUCAUGACGGGUUUUGUGCUGCGGCAGUCACUGAGGGCGUUCACCCCGCUCGGGGCGAGCUGGUUUCCCGUUCGCUGGUUCGAGGACAAGAAGCACGUGCGAGACGUCCUCCUGGCGUGCGCGGCGUUUCCAAUCGUCGUGUGGUUGCACGGCAUCAGCGUCACCGCGCUCGAGACCACGGGACUAUUGGUAUUCGACGACGCCAUCACUACGGGUUGGGAGCAGAGCAUGCGAUCGGACGACCUCCUCUCCAAGGCGUUUUACGUCUUGUUGGCCUCCGUGGCGGCGCCCGUGUGGGAGGAACUCAUCUUUCGAGGCUUCUUCUUCUCCGCCCUCUCCGCGGUGAUCUCCGUCAAGCGCGCCAUGAUCAUCUCCUCCGUCGUCUUCGCCGUCGCCCACCUGUCCCUGGAGCAGUUCCUCCCUCUCACCUUUCUCGGCUGUCUUCACUGCGUCGUAUUCGUCCGGACGAGAAACCUCCUCGCCCCGGCGUUGGUGCACAGCGCGUGGAACGCCUCGGUCCUCGCCGGUGACUUCCUCCCACCCCUCACCGACGUGCUUCGCGCCGUGUUCUCCGCGCCGUUACCCUGA